UGAAGCAAACUGCCAGUCAAAUGUGGUGUCUUCUUCACGUUUUGCCUGUUCUGAUUGGCUAUCUGAUUCCAGUAGGAAGUCUGUAUUGGUCGUUGAUUUUGGAACUACGAGUUAUUGUAGACAUUGCUUUUGCAGAUGCAACAACACAGGGCUUGAGCCAAUACCUGAAAUACCUUAUCAAUGAUCAUCAUUUGUUAUUCAAAGAGCUGUUUCCUACAGUAAGACUUCUUCCCAAACACCAUUUCCUUGUGCACUAUCCAAUGGCAAUGAAAGAAAUUGGACCACUGAUUCAUAUGUGGUGUAUGCGAUUUGAGGCAAAGCAUAAUUUAACGAAGCGAUUGGCAAGUAUCGUGAACUGUUUCAAAGACAUCUGCUCAACUGCAGCUUCAAGACAUCAGAUAAGUCACUGUUGUAAAUGGUCUCAGAUUUUGACUGCACAGAUGACGACAUCAUAGAAGAUGUCAUUGAGGUUAAAUUUUACAAACCAAAUCCCUCACAACCUUUGAGUUCGCUGUCCCCAUCAUUAUCAUGCAGUGCCUCUACAUCAUCCUCCACUGACGUAAGUUAAUUUUAUUUAUUAAAAAAUUCUUUGAUUGAAACAUGUGGCACAAGCACAAAAAGAAGGUCGCACAACCUGCUGCAAAGACACAUAUAUCAGAUGCAGGUACAGUCAGGACAGUAUGUAUUAACCCAAAGGAAACUGUCGAAUGUCAACACCUACUGAAACUGAAAGCUGAACCGCGCACAUUGACAGCUGCAGCACCCAAGUCUUAUGUAAGGACAAAAUACAGUACAUCCGUCAAUUAUUUUGGGUUACAUAAAAUCACACGAAGCAUGCCAGCUCGUUUGACGACCUGCAAGGAAAAAGAAAAUGAGUUCUGUAAUAAUUCUUUUUGUAAAGUGGAAGUAAAUUUGUCAUUCAUCUCACACAGGACACUUCGGAUUCACGGUAUGAUGAUGAGCAGGAGAUGCCAUCAUCAAGAAAAUUGCAAGAAUAAUCCACUGACAUGACAAAUACCGGAACUCCUAGAUCACUGUUGCGGCAGGCCAAUAGCUUGUGUACCUCCAAAAAAAGUAAUGUGAGAAGACCUUUAAAAAUUAAAUGUCUGUAAACACCUGUACAUUUCCAUACAGAAGCCUCCACUGGUAAUUCCAAGACCCCCAAACUCCAUGUAGAUUAUAAACUGCCCUUUCAAAAUAGACAAUCACACUAAUCUUAGUGAUUUUCUUUUGGAACCUCCUAUAUCAGUUUAAUAUCAUACAGUAACAGAGAGCAAACAAAAUUGAAUCUUGCUAGGUAGCGAUAUUAUUUGCAAAGAUGGUACUCUCUUCGCAGUUUUUAUACGGUAUCUAUGAGGGUGUAUGAAACCCUUCCUCAAAAUUGUAUUGCCCAUCGUAGAGGAAAAUGUGCUAUAAAUGUCUUAUCUUUGUAGAUUUUUUUUUGUUUAUUGUGCACAUACUCCAUAACAGAUGCCUUUUGAUGCUGGCAAUAUACUUCGGGAGCACCCUAAAGGACCCUCCAUACUUGAGGAAUACAACCAGAGAAAAUACAUUUCCCCACGAACUCGGAUGACUCUUGUGUCCAUUCUGGCUGCACAUCUCAUAACAAAAUGUGGAAGCUACCCUACCAUUGAGGAAAAACAUGAAACGGGACGGGCAAUAAUAAGGCUUUUUCCAAACCUGAGAGAUACCAGCAGCGUUACAGGAUAUGAACACUUCUUCAGUUCAACAGGGGUCAAAGUGGGUACCUACAGGAUAAACUCCAAAAACAUCAGGCGAGGGUUGCCUCCAUCGGCAAAGCAGAGGACUAGUGCCACGACACGCACGUGACCAGGUCCGAAAGAAGUCUCAUCCCCCUCACUGCUUGUUGAGUCAGAGGCAGAGGAACUGGCAUCAUUCUGCCGAAAUGCAAUGAGGGACAGAAAUAAGCCUGCAGUGGCCCAAGCGAUGGCGAAGUGCUUCCCAAAUAGACGUGCGUGGAUCGACACAGCAAAGCCGUACAUUUCAGAGGUUCUACAAAUAACACGAUUCAUGGACAUGCCAGAGCUGAUUGAUCAGGAUUUCAAAGCCAUGUAUGACGAGUCUACAGACUGCUUACUGAAAAAGUGGGAGAGCCACUCGCAGGAUCUGCUGACAUAUGCUGCUUCUUGCCACAAAGGGAUAGUGGACAGAGUACUCAAGGAAUACAAAGGAUCAGCAGACCAGGACAAAAGCUCAGGUUUUGUUACGCUCGUCCGCUUACUACCAUCGUACAACACAAAGGCAAAGGGUCGUGUGUCACGAGAAGAUGCUGAGAAAUUUUUGGUCAAAUGCUAUGAGAUAUGUGACGAUGACCACGGUCUGGUUCAAACAGUGAGGUUAGAGUGUCAAACUUUCAUGGUCACUCUUGAAAUGACAGAACCAGUGGAGGAUGUCUUGAAGGACAGUGAGACGAAACAGCCAAGCCUGAUUGCAUUUGGGCAGAAAUUGAACAUCCAGCAGGUCCUGCUAAAAAUUGAGGACUAUGGCUUCUUGCUACGGUCAACUAAUAUCACCUGUGCAGUGGAUAUCCUUUUCAAAAGCCAUUGGCUUUUUAACUUAGAGUACCCACCUCAGCUCAGGAACUUCUACGCCUAUUUGCAGACCCAGAUUUAUGACCUGAACUAUGACAGCAACAUACCACCACCGGUAGUGGAAAUUACGUUGGCAUUGAAGGCAAAUUAGGAUAUACAUUCUAAGUGUAAAGUUGAUCUACAUUUACAUGAAAUUGCCAAAUAAUACCAUUUUCCCACUUCAAACUACUUAAUCACAAGGUUUUAAAAGCUACAUAUACUUAUAGUGUCCUAGGUUCAUUAAUCCUGUGGUCCAAGGCGGCUUGUACUAUUCAACUUCUGGAACUGAAAAUUAGACUCUCCAGCACGCUCCCACAUACAUGUAGGCCCUAUAAAUUUACCAUUUCUCAUUCAAAGACUAAGAAGAUUCUAUUUGAAAAGGCAUAUUUUAAAAAGACAAUGAGACUAAGCAGCCAAGCCUGAUUGCAUUUGGGCAGAAACUGAACAUCCAGCAGGUCCUGCUAAAAAUUGAGGACUAUGGCUUCUUGCUACCGUCAACUAAUAUCACCAGUAAUAAAUAAAUCUGAAAUUUUUCCAAUAUGAACAAACCAUUCAACACCUUCUUAACACUGAGAAAAGCAUUCGGUACUAGGUGAAACGUUAUGCUGCCUCUUCUCACCGCGAAAUUUGGCGAUUUGUCGGAGAAUUUCUGAGCUGGCGUUCGUUGCUUGUUGUGGGGUUGAAGGUCACAAAUGUAUAAGGUCUGGUAACCAAGCUACUGUACUAGAUACUGAGUGCAUGCAAAGCUAUGGUGAAUGUAGCAACAUAAUGAGUGCAACCAAUGACACAUGCAGAUUACACAGAGAUAGACUGAUAGUGCCUAAUUAACGUAUACAUGACCCACAAAUUAAUAACAAGUCUUUUUACAAAACAGGUACUUUGACUGAUGGGUAUUAAAUCAACCAAUGGCAUUAAUACGUUAUCAACUACAUGUAAGAACAGGUUUCAAAAUAAGCAAAAAAUAAAAAGGCCAAGUAUAUGUUUGACAUGUUUUGGGAGACACUAGCAGAGAAUUAAAGAAUGCUUUUAAAGAAAUCUGUUAAAUGAACCACACAUGUAAAAUCAUUUCUUCUCACAAUUGAGUAAUAAGACCAAGUUAUUAUUUUACUUAUUAAAAAUGCAUUGCAGAAAAAGUGCAAAAUCAUCACAGUUUAUUUAAGGCAGCUUUUUUCAAUCAGCAGCUUUACUUUAACGGUUCAGUGCUUAAUCCAUUUUUAUAAAAUGAAAGUAACUAUAUAAAAACAAAUGAAGUUUCUUUUUCUUAAAAUCCAUAGCAGAAUAGGUGCAAACUUUUUUAAAGACAUGACAGAUUCACUAAAGACUUUUUUCAAUAAACAUGUGUAUUUUUACAUUUUGCACUGACUCCAUUUUCAUUAAUGAUGAUUAUGCACAUCAACGUGAGUGGAAAUUUUCUUCAGAGACUUGACAUAGAUUUUUUUCGGUGAACAAGUUUAGUUACAUAUUCCGGUGCUUGAUCCAAGUUUACAAACGAUUAUAAUGCACGGCAGAGUGAGUGCAACUUCCUUGCAGAGACUUAGCAGGUUCAUUUUAUAGAUUGUGUUCUGUGAAAAACUUUAUUUUCAUUUUCCAUUGGUUGAUCCAAGUUUACAAAUGAUUAUAAUCCACAGCAGAGUGAGUGCCGAUUCCUUGCAGAGACUUGGCAGAUUUAUUUUAUAGAUUGUGUUCAGUGAACUAUUCUAUUUUCAUGUUUAUACUCAGUUCAAUUUUAUAAAUUAUUAUUGUUGUAAUAAUUAUAAGAUUGUUUUCUUAAAAAUGAUUCUCAUUUGAUUGAUUCAAAAGAGGCUGAGUCACUUUAAAAUAUAUCUUUGGAAUUUUUAAUCAUCUUUUUAAAAAUGAAGACAUUGUUUUCUGCUCGGAAAGUUAUGAAUUAUGAUGGAUAUGAAGAUGCUCAAAGAUCGUUUGUUUUUCUUCAUUCGAGCCUUUGUUUACUCUUUUGGUACUCUUCAGUACAAAUUGACACAAGGAGUGCAGAAAUAUAGGACAUUACACCGAACAUAAAGAGUGCAUUAUUUAGCUUCUAGCAAGUGCUCCUGAAAGUUUAAAAAUGACACCUUAGGUGCAGGAGUUGUUGGAAACUGCCCCAACACCUGAAGUGCAUAAUUAAUGUAGCAGGUGUUCUAAAACAUAACACCUGAGGUGCACUGUCUGUAGCUUUUUCGGAGUGCUGCUGUUGUAGCACAACUGUCGGUGCUGACUAAGCACAGCGAGUGCAGUCACUAUACGAGCUCUAUCAUAUCCAACUUGACCCAGUGUCAGAUGAUUUGUGUUUUAUUAUAUUUUUUAAGUCUUUUUACAUCCCCCUUGUAGACAAAUAGCCUGUCUUUACUAUUCCUCCCCCCCAAGUUACGUUGACUAGGCCAUGAGUUUUCUUCUUUAACUUUCCCCACUGAAUUCAUCCCUCCAGUUGGAGUCCCAUCGUGUAGACUCUUUUGUGUAGUUAUCAUAAUUUCAUAAUUAGGCAGGUAUUGUGUAUAGUCGGUAGUAGACUCUGGGGGAGAGAGCUUUUCUCACCCCUCGUUACUAACUAAUUGUGUUUUCUAGGACUGUGAACAAUAAACCAGAAUGGAAGA